AUGUCGAUUAAAUCGCCCCAAACGCGUGGCUAUAUUUUCGCUUUUGGUGCCACCAGCAGGUACCGCUUCGUCAAUGUACGCGUCGGCCUCGCUCGUGGAGAAAACUGUUCCGAAGAAAAAAAAAGUAAAAACACGUCAACGAAAAUCUGA